UCAUAUAAUCUUUGGCACUAUAGCUAUUCCAUUUCGAAUAAUAAAUUAUCGAAGUAAUUUUAUUCUUCAUUACAUUAAUUCUCUUUAUACAAUCGUUUGAAAAUUUUGAUUCCGAGUCUCCAAACACAAACACCGCAAAGGGUUCAUUUCUCCUCCAUCUUCUUCAUCUCCAACCCAAAAACCUCAUCCAUAAACGCAACCUUUCUCCUCUCUCCCUCCUCUCCGAUUCUCCCUUUCUAUUUAUCAGCUCGCGCUCUAAUUCUUUUUUCUUCUAUCCUCCUCCUCUCUCCCAUCCCCCCUCCCAUAGCAAAAUCAGCUGUUCCCUCUCCUUCUCUAUCUCCCCACCUCUUUCUCUCCACGAUCUCUAUCCAACCAAGGGCACUCCUCCUCGUCGCUGGUCGCCUCUCCCCACCCCUGGGCGUCCGGCCGCGUCCGGACGCGUCGAGGCGUCCUCGCGGCGCGUCGCGGCGCGCUCCCGCGGCGGGCUUGCGCCCGAGCCGUCGCUUUUUACGCCGACGCCGACGCCGACGCAGCGCCGGUGGCUCGGAGUCGGCGUAGUCUGGGGCCUGGCGUCCUCCCGUACGGGAAGAGAAGCUACUGGGAGAGCCGAGAGAGAGAGGAUCGCCCGUGUCCGUGUGUGUGUGCACGUCGUCCUCCUCGUCCGUGAUCCUCGUUGUCGCGCUCCUCGGUCCACGCUCGAACAGAGGGAGAGGAUUCUUCUUUUCUUCCUCGUACUUUUCUAAAAAAACUUGUGUCCGAUUAAAAGAAAGAAAGAAAGAAAAAAAAAUUAACGAUAUUAUCGAAAAUAUAUAUACACAUAUAUAUAUAUAUAAAGCUGGAUCGUUACGGAAAUAUAUAUCGUAGAAUCAAAUUCGCAACCCCUCGAGGGAGAUGGAAUAAGAGAGGAAUCGGAGGAGAGAGGAAGAAACGAGAGGAAGAGUGAGAGGAGGAGGAGAGAGACGUUCCGUAAGGGUUAGAGCCGGCCUGUUCGCGAACGGCGAAGGAAGGGGGGAGGGGGGAGAGCGGCGCGAGAAAGGUAGGGAAAGCGAAGAGGAAUAGGGGGGGGAAAGAAGCGAGAGGAGUUAAACGAAGGAAGGAAAGGAAGAAAGAAAGAAAGAAAGAAAGAAAGGAAGACGAGGCUUCGCGAAGGAAGAAAGAAAGAAAGAGGGAAGGGAGAGGAUAUCGUAGUGGCGGACGAGUGAGGAGGAUAAAAAGAGUGGGCGGGUGGGGGGAACGGGCGGAAGGGGGGAUAGAGGGAUAGAAGGACAGCUCGAGUGAGCGAGAGCGAGAGAGAUAGGACGAGCGAGCCCCGUGUCUUGCGUGCCACGAGAGAGUAUACAGAGAGGGCCUAAAGUCGAGAGUUAGGAGUUGUGGCUCGCGUGGUUAGAUAGGAUGCGUGUGCCUGGGUGCGGUGUUCCACCACCACCCGACAGCCGACGGUUCAGCGACAACAGCCAGACAACAAGCGACAACGCAAACUGCAACCGCUGCGACAACAACAACAACAACAACAAUAAUAAUAAUAAUAAUAACAACGAAAACAUCGGUUCUUCGUUACAAGAUAAAGAGUAUCGCUCGAGUAGAAGCAGUCGCUUGAUCGCGCGCGAUCAACGGAGGUUGAAAGAAACGCCUGGUGGUUGCCUCGAGCACCACGGUGCCGGGUGUCUGAACGCGGACACGGCUCGUUCCAGCCGAUUUCCGGCCCGGAGAUCGAGGGAGAGACAACCGUUCGCCCCUGGUUUCUCCAACCUUCCUUCAAAGAGGGACUCGAGGAUAUCUUGGAGUCUUCGGUCGAGGGAUAAUACGUUGACCGUUGCUCCUUGGCUCGGCGGAGAGUGGAAUACAAUUGUUGUUGUGUAGUCGGGGAAGAGGGAAGCAGGUCCGUACCACGUAUUAUCCGCCGGAGAGCGGGUGGCCGACCAGCUGGAGCACCGUCCCACGGCGGCGUUCGUCGGCGUCGCGCGGCGUCGGGACGACGCUACUGGCGAGCACAGGCUCGCUGGAGGAGCGCAGCCGGCUUCAGCCUGUACCGCGGCCGACGUCUCAGCUACUCAUGUUCAUCCCGGAUACACUGAGGAGCUGCAUGGUGGAACCGGAUGUCUCGACUUACCUGCAGGCCCCUUCCGUAGGACAGGAUGAGUUCCAUCCAUUCAUUGAGGCCCUUCUACCAUUCGUGAAGUCUUUCUCGUACACGUGGUUCAACCUACAAGCCGCCAAGAGGCGUUACUACAAGAAGCACGAAAAACGGAUGAGUCUCGAAGAGGAACGGCAGUGCAAGGAGGAGCUUCAGAACGAGAAGCUGGAGGUGAAACAGAAAUGGGCCUCGCGGCUUUUGGGCAAGUUGCGAAAGGAUAUCACGCAGGAGUACAGAGAGGACUUCGUGCUGAGCAUAACGGGGAAGAGGCCGGCCAUGUGCGUCCUUAGUAAUCCUGAUCAGAAGGGUAAAAUGCGCCGUAUCGACUGCCUGCGUCAAGCCGAUAAGGUAUGGAGGUUGGACCUAGUAAUGGUGAUCCUCUUCAAGGCAAUUCCGUUGGAGUCGACGGACGGGGAACGGCUGGAGAAGACUGCGGAAUGCGCUCAGCCGGGCCUCUGCGUCAACCCCUAUCACAUCAACGUCUCCGUCCGGGAACUCGAUCUCUACCUCGCCAAUUUUAUCACCAGCCACGAGGUCCUAAACGGUAUCUGCAACGCGAGCAAGGAGGAAGAGAGGCGGCGAAAAGGUGCAGGCUACCACGAACUAUAUAACGGUGUUGUCUGCAAUGACACGAUUCUAGCGACAGGUGUCUUCAGCUCGAAGGAGCUUUGGAUGCUUUCAAAAGCGUCCAUACUGCAUGACCUCAGCGACAUGCAGCCUCAAAUAAACGCGAUCAAAAUAGAGCACCCGCCGUACUACUGCAGCAGCUACACCCCUCCGUCCGCAGCCACGGCCGCGGAUCAUGCUCAGCCAGCGGCUAGCUUCAGCCCGCCACCGGUGCAUCAGCUCAUAAGGAACGACAAGACUGAAAAGCCUCCGACGGUAUCCGUGUCGAGCGCGCCGACAUUCUCGCCGGUGCUCAGGCCCGAGGAUGGUCACCGUGGAAUGGACUCGCCGCACUCGCAGACGGGAUUGCACUCUCCCCACGAAGGACUGGCCGGUGGCUCCGGUCAAGCCAUGUCCGGCCUCGCCUACUACCAGCCGGAGCACCCUGCCUCCACGGGGGUGGUCAAGUACCCCGAGAACGGUCACGACACCCUGUCGGAUUUCGUGACGUUCGUCUGCCAGGAGGCCGAGAAUACCCAGCAACUGCCCCAGGCGCAGCUAGCCGGACCCCGGACUGGCAUACAAAAGUUCUCACAGUAUUAUCCGAGCUCGAUGCUGCCCCCGCCUCCCCCUGCCCCGAUGGCGAGGCCCGUCGCCAUUAUAAGGUCGACGGGAGAGCUGACGGCGGCGAGCUCGAACUCGCCCCCCACCUCUUCCACCUCGCCCACGGACCCGGCCGAGCUGGCGUCCAAUCAGGAGCAAAUGGCCGCCGCGGCGGCGGUGGGACUGGUCAGUUCCGGUUGCCAGAGCUCCGUGGAUCCUGCCGGAAGGAAGAGCCCAGCGAGGAUCCUCGUCACGGCGCCCCACACAAGCCGGGAGUAUACUUUUGCUCACUUUCACUCUCAACCUGGACAGCAAAUAUUCACGUAUCCUACAAUCAGCUCGAUGUCGGGAGUGAUCUCCCCAACUAACCUAUCCCUGUUCUCGUCCCCCGUCUCGGUGACGAGGCCUGUAGCCACGCAGAGAUCCGUUUCGAACGUGCCGCCGCGUUGGAACACGGCGCCGUUCAUCAAUCUCGAGGACGAUUACAACAUGAUCGCUCCUAUCAUCACGGGGACAGCCAGCGAGCCUCCCUCCACCAUGGACGAAGACCGAUACUUCCAUCCAGUGCACACGAGCAGCGUGGUGGACAAGAGCGGGGCAGGUAACUUGAUGGGGACGGAUCUGGGCGUGGCCACCGAUCCGACCUCGCACCACCAUCAACAAGCCCAACAGCAGCAGCAACAGCAGCAGCAACAACAACAACAACAACCUCAACCUCAACAGCCGCCUCAACAAGCUGGCCAACAGCAGCAGCAGCAGCAGCAACAAGUGAUGCAGGACAAGAGCGGAAGACCCAAGUCUCCCCCGUGACACUGGAGGCUUAGAGCGGAAAGCGUGGAGAAGCUCGCGUGUUCCACGGGGUCGUUACUCACCGGCGCGUACGAUAAUUAUUACCCUGAGCCGGAGGGGAAUCGUCAUGAUUCCUCGUGUCGUGUUCAGCUUCGCGAUCUAAGCCUGCGGAGAAUCGAGUGCCUGAGAGUCUGAUCGUAGUUUAAGGGGGGUGAGGGCAGCGUCGAGGGGAGGAUCCCGCUUCCGGUUCCUCCUCGAAAGGGGAGGGCCGAACCUUGCCGAGCGAUUGCCAAGGGAUUCACAGGGGGGCGACUUGUUUCUUCUUCACUCCUCUCCUAGGUGAUGGUCGGUGCCUUUCCUCGUGAUCAUCUUUCUUCUCGCUUAUCUUUUCUUUCCUCUCUUCUUGUCUCGUUGUUAAAAAUUGAUUUUUAAAAGCGAUAUUAAAAAAAAAAGGAAAUAGGAAACUUUAAAAUUUUAUUAAACCCUUUGGAUAAGGAUUGGAAGAUUUUUUUUAAUUUUUUACGUCGAAAGAAAAAGAAGGAAAGGUUCCGUCCUCCGAGGAGGGGUUCAGCGUUUCGGUCAAUUAUUACUUUCGCCCCACCGGAAGCGUCCUUCUCCUCUCUCGACGCGCUGUUAAUUUCUGAAUCUUUCUCUCCCUCUCUCUUUCUCUCUCUAUCUCUCUAUCUCUGUCUCUCUCUGUCUCUAUCUCUAUCUCUGUCUCUUUCUUUUUCUCUCUCUCUCUUUCUCUCUUUCUCUGUUGAGUGUCCUCGACGGACGUGAGUAAGGACCCCUCAUCUCGUCUCCUAAUUAAGAAAUCUCGUCUCCCGAUCAUCGCCCCGAUCGGUCCGCUUCGACCGAUGAUAAAUAAUAAUAAUAUUAAUAAUAAUAAUAAUAAUAAUAAUAAUAAUAAUAAUAAUAAUAAUAAUAAUAAUAAUAAUAAUCCGUAGACAAUUUAAAUUUCGAAUGAAGAAACGAAGAGAAAGCGAUGAGAAAAGAGCGCGAACGAGAAAAGAGGAAAGGAGGAAGGAAAAAAAAAAAAAAGUACCGAAGUGUGUGUGUACAGUUUCCCACGCGAUUUUAAAAUAAAAACCGACCGUUUCUGUUUACAUCAUCAUCCGCCAAUUUCGAGACCCCUUCUGAAACGUGUGUUUUUGUACAUACACGCUCGUGGUAUUUCGUGGGAUUAAAUAAGUGGGAACGUGUAGGUCUAGUCUACGAGAGGGGAGAAGAAAAAGGAAGAAAAAGGAAAAAAAGACGAGGGAGGAGGAGAAAAAAAUAAAAAGAGGAAAAAAGAAAACGUAAUUUGAGCUGCGCUCUUCGAGAAGAGGGAUUGAACAACGAAGCGAAGAGAUUGAAAAAAGGAAUAAUAAUAAUAAUAAUAUUAAUAAUAAUAUUAAUAAUAAUAAUAAUAAUAAUAUUAAUAAUAAUAAUAUUAAUAAUAAUAUUAAUAAUAAUGAUAAUAAUAAUAAUAAUAAUAAUAAUAAUAAAUAAAAGGAAAAAAAAAAGAAGAAGAGAAAUUUCUAGUGCCAAUUUCGUAGUUUAUAAAUAUUAUAACGAAAUUAUAAUUUUCUAUUAUAUUUUUUUAUAAUAUUUAUGAAGGAACACAGACACGUAUACACGCGUACACAUGCUUGUUUAGACGACACGUAAAAAAAGUAGUCGAAAUAAAGAAAAACGGAAAGGAAAUGCUUUUCUAUUUCGAUGAUCGAGAAGUGUGAACAUUUAAAAAAAAGGAGAGGAAAAAAUGAUAGAAAAAAAAAGAAAAAAAAAAAAAGAAAAAAUACCGACGAUUAAGGAGGGAGAAAUGAGGAAGGAGAAAAAGGAGAAGAAGGGUCGAGGGGAUCCGAUCGGUCGAAUAUCGGUCAAAACGGAAGUUAACCGGUCCACGAACCACGGAUAAUAAUAUUAAUAAUAAUAAUAAUAAUAAUAAUAAUAAAUUAUAAUAUUAAUAAUAACGAUAAUUGAUAACUUUAUAAUUGUAUCGUUAAUUAAAAAACGCCUAAUGCUCAGGCUAGUGCUAACACUAGUGAAAAGAAAAAUACAGAGGAAAAAACGAAAAUAGAGAGAACGACUAGUUGUGCGGGCUAGUCAACAGAGGCUGCUAGUUAGAAACAAAGUGAAUAAUAUUUAAUAUUGAUUAUUAUUGAUAAAUUAAGCGGUUAAUUAAAAAAAAAAAAAAAAAGAAGGAGAAGAAAAAGAGAAGAAUACGUAAUACAUACGUUAUUUCACGAUGAUUAACGAUGAUUUAAAACGAUAUAAUGGCGCGCGUGAUUAAGAGGGCGAAGAUGGAAGAAACCGAUGAAAAGAGGGAAAAGAAGAGGAGGAAGAGGAAGAGGAGGAGAAAGUCGAAGAAAGAAACCUAAAGGAAACGAGACUAUAAGAAAAAAAAAAAAAAAUAAAGAAAACGAUUUUCCGAGGAAGAGAGGACGAUGUUUCGAGAUAGUGAGAGAUCUAUAGUUAUUAACUUACUUAGGAAUUUAGUGUAACGUCGCGCAACGAGAUAACGUAACAUCGAACUUAACGACAACGAAGGUCCUAAACUAUAAUGUUGUAUAUUGUCCAAAAGUGCUUUCUCUCUCUCCGUCGACUGUACAUUGAAUUAGGGUGUCUGACGAUACGAGGCGAAUUUUUUUCUUUUUCUUUCUUUUCUUUUUCUUCUUUGAGCUCAACGCUUUCGCUGCCAAUCGCCGUUUAAAGGCUGAAAGAAACUCGAGGAAUCGUUGAAAUGUUCUUUCUUUAAUUCGAGAUAAAAUCUCGAUGAAGUUACUUACUUUUCAAAACAAAAAAAAAAACAAUUUCGAAGAUUAAUAAAAUUUGUAGAGACGUAAAAUCGAAUAUCUAUGGAAUAUAUUUUGUAUAAAAAAAAGAAGAAGAAGAAGAAGAAAAAGAAGAAAAAGAAUUCUGGCAGCGUAAGAGUUGGAAAGCAAACACGAGGGGCGAUCUGUCUUAUUAUAGCGAUUCCCAAGGAACCCCUUAAAUAAUGAUGCGCUUAAUAUACUCGCUAGAUGACCAGAUAGCUUUUCGAGGUGGUUCUUCCUGGGUUUUGUUUCGCGAGAACCCCUUCCGUUUUUUUUUCUCUCUUUCUCUCUUCGAGUGAGGUUGAAAGGGUGUCCUUGCCCAUUAGCGACGGCUGGAUCCAACGAUCGUGGAACUCGAUUGACUCGCGCCCCAUUGCGAAAGAAAAUGGAAGGGAAGGGAAAAGAAAGAGAAAGAAAAUUCUAUGUUGCGGCGAGCGGUUGCUUUUUAAUUUUGAAUUCGAAUUUGAUUUGGUUCCCAAGCGUUUUAUUUUGAAAAAUAAGAUGGCGAUCGUUCAAAGCCCAA